UGCUGUCUGCUGUCCAACCGCCCAGAAAAGCAUCUGUAUGAAUUGAUGAGCUUGAUGGGCUGAUAUUAUUCGCGCCAAAUUAUAUGCGCUGAGGUUCUUCAAUUUUGCACCUCCCAACAGAAUCUCCCAGAAGUCCUAUAGCUUCGUAUAAGAAAGGGGUCGUGCCUUCUGGUAGGUUAGGUUAAUUUUCUUUUUCCACUAAACUUUCGCAGGUGCCAUCUCCAACAUUCUUCAAUAUCACCUACAUUAUCUACACUCCAUACCUAUCACAGCCGCCAGUAUGUGUAUUGUCCUGGCAACUACCGCACAUCCAUCCUAUGCACUUAUAAUUCUUGACAAUCGAGAUGAGUUCAUUCUUCGACCGACAAGCAAACCACAUUGGUGGUCUUCCCAUCACCAAGAAAUCCUGUCAAGUCGGGACCUACAACGCGCCGAGCAAGGAACAUGGUUAGGGAUUACAAAGACAGGGAAUUUUGCGGUCCUUACGAAUUAUCGAGAAACAGAUACCCACGAUAAAGAUCAUCCUGUACAAGGGACCAGGAGUCGUGGCGGUAUGGUCACGGCUUGGUUAACGGCAGAUAACGAUGAGAGCACCCAGCAAUUUGUACACAGGCUAUUAGAAGGUGACGGGGUAAAAGGUGUUGGUGGGUUCUCGUUGGUUUGCGGAAAAUUGCGGAAAGAAAGAUCCUCUGAUAACCAAAUGGAGCCUCUGGCAAUCAUCUCAAAUAGAAGUGGAGCUCCAGACCAAGUGCCCUGGGUAGCGGCGAGAAGAGGGGAGGUUUAUGGCUUAAGCAAUACUUCCUACAAUGAUCCUAUUACUUGGCCCAAAAUCAAGUCUGGCAAGGAAAAGGUGCUGGAGGUUGUGGAAGAAGUGGUACAAAAUGGCCUAGGGGAAGAGGAACUAGUUGAGAAAUUGUACGCCGUUCUGGACAUUGAUACACUUCCUAAGCAAGAUGACAGUCAAGAUUUCGAGGAGUAUAUCUAUCAACUUCGAAAGUCGAUCUUUAUACCUACCAUCGGCCAUGCAGCGUCACCUUCGGAAAUUCCAAAUGCAGAUGAAAUCGCAGCUGCUGUCGGAAGGGCAUCAUCACCACGCGGAGAUUCACGGGUUGAAGUGGCAGAAGAGCAGAUUAAAUUUAAGGAGGAGCAGAGACCAAAGCCUGAGAAUAAUAACAUCGUAUCUGGCGUUUAUGGUACCCAAAGACAAACCAUCAUACUCGUAAAUUGGGAAGGACAUGUUACGUUUAUAGAGCGGUCGCUGUUUGACGAAGAAGGCAAUCCAUUAGAAAGAGGUCAAGCUGAUAUGAGGUUCGAGUUCGAUAUCGAAGGAUGGAAUGGGGAAGGGGGAAAUGAAGGGAAAUGAAGUAUACCCGCAUGCAGUGCUAUAGCUUGCUAAUAGGAUAACAGACCACAAAUACAAUAAUGAUUAAGUCAACUAAUUAAUUCCAAGUGCCAAGGGCAUAAAUAUAAAGCAGCAUUGGUGACUCGGUCAGUACAUAUAUAUAUAUACACUCCUGAAGGUUAUCUGUCCAAUUCUUUAAAAACUAUCCUGUAAAUUUCAUUCAAGUCCUUAAAGGUUAUCCUAAUUCUUCGAAUUGAAUUAAUAUAUUAGCUAAGUGAGUGAUGUGUUGGUAACUUCAUCAUCAGUGUAUAGAUAUAUGAC